GCUUUGUGUUACGCUUUGUGCAAAGAUGUUCUGGCUUUUAAGAUGUGUAUAAUAAUUAUUUCAGAAAAGUAUAUAUUUUACAUCACAUGUUCAGCGGUUUAAUGACUUUUCAAACAAACAAUUCAUUUCAAACCGAGGUAAAGGGGUUGAAUGGGGUUUUGUGAAAGUGUGAAACCUUUCGGAAUGGGACGCGUCCGAGGGGAUUCUUGGUCGCGCUUCUAAUUACGACACCGCAACAAGGAAAAGUGGAAAAGAGGACCUGGCUCCGGCCACAUUCGAGUUCAAGCAGCGCGACAGAGGAGUGAGAAGAGAGAAGCGAGUCCCACACGGGACUUCUGCGCCCAGCCGCCGCCGCCGCAGGCUCCCACGGACACCGCGGUUGCUGCUCCUCCGACCGGAUGACAGUGUGAAGUGCGCCGCGAUGAGCAGAGGAGCGUGAGAGGCUGCGUCGGCUCCACUCAAACAAGCCCCGGUGACUCUAUUGUCUGAAAGCGCCACUCGUCCAGAAGAUGGGGCACCCUCCCCUGGAGUUCAGCGACUGCUAUCUGGACAGCCCCGACUUCAGAGAGACGCUCAAGUGCUACGAGCUGGAGCUGGAGCGGACCGGCAAGUCUCUCAAGGAGCUGAUCAAAGAUGGCAACAGUGUCAUCACGGCCAUCAGGGGCUAUUCUGUGGCAUUGCAGAAGUUUUCUCAGACCCUCAGCAUGUUCCAGUUCGACUUCAUCGGUGACUCCCUGACCGAUGAUGAGAUUAACAUUGCCGAGUCAUUCCAUGAGUUCGCUGGUCUCCUGCAGGAAGUGGAGCACGACAGGAUGAUGCUGGUUCAGAACGCCUCCGAUCUUCUCAUCAAGCCACUGGAGAAGUUCAGAAAAGAGCAAAUAGGAGUCACAAAAGAGAAGAAAAAGAAAUUUGAAAAAGAGAGUGAGAAAUAUUACUCCCAGUUGGACAAACACCUGAAUCUCUCUGCCAAGAAGAAAGAGAGUCAACUUCAAGAGGCUGAUGAAGUCUUGGACAAAGAGCGGGUGAACUUCUACGAAUCGUCAGUGGAGUACGUUUACCAGAUCCAUCAGGUGCAGGACAGGAAGAAGUUUGAUGUGGUGGAGCCUGUGCUGGCGUUUCUCCACAGCGUUUUGACGCUCAACAACCUGACAGUGGAGAUGACUCGUGAUUUCAUGCCCUACAAGCAGGAACUGCAGCUCAGCCUGCAGAACACGAGAAACCACUACGAGAGCACUAGUGAGGAGAUGGAGGAGCUGAUGAAACGAAUGAAACAGCCUUCCCAGAUCAGUAAAAUGCACAAUUUGCUGCCGAUGGAGGGUUAUCUGUACUGUCAGGAGAAGUGGGCUUUGGGUAUGACAUGGGUCAAAUAUUAUUGCAAGUAUCAUAAGGAGGGAAGACUGAUGGUCAUGGUACCUUGUGAACAGAAGCCAACAACCAAACAGGGCCCCACGCAGCUCACGCUGAAAUCCUGCUUCCGCCGGAAGACGGAGUCCAUAGACAAGCGCUUUUGCUUUGACGUGGAAACUAACGAGAGAAACAUGCCAGUUACUUUCCAGGCUCUUUCAGAGGGGGACAGGAAGAUGUGGAUGGAGGCCAUGGAUGGAAAAGAGCCUAUCUAUCACUCCCCAAUUCACAAGCAGGCUGAAAUGGAGCUGAACGAAACUGGAUUCAAGUUUGUGCGAAAGUGCAUCAACUAUAUUGAAUCAAAAGGAGUGACACAAGAAGGAGUAUACAGAACAGUUGGCAGCAACAUCCAAGUGCAGAAGCUUUUAAAUGCCUUCUUUGACCCCACGAACCCGGGAGACGUGGACCUCCACAGCAGCGACUGGGACAUUAAAACUAUCACAAGUGCAUUGAAGUUUUACCUCAGGAGUCUGUCUGAACCUCUGAUGACCUACAGUCUACACAGGGACCUCAUGUGUGCCGCAAAGUCAGACAAUCUGGACUUUCGACUCAGCGAAAUCCAUUCCCUCGCCCACAAACUACCGGAGAAGAAUCGGGAGAUGCUGGAGAUGCUCAUCAAACACUUGGUCAAUGUGUGCAGCCACAGCGAUGAAAACCGCAUGACUCCUUCAAACAUGGCCGUCAUCUUUGGACCAACGCUGUUGAGAGCAAAGGAGGAGACCGUGGCGGCCAUGUUGGAUAUCAAGUUCCAAAACAUUGUUGUGGAAAUCUUGAUUGAGGACUACAAAAAGAUCUUCAGUAAUAUGCCAGAGGACAGCACCGCCCCACCUGUCCCUCCUCCGCGGAUCACCCCGAGAAAGCGGCAGCCCAUCACAAUCUCCAAGCGUCCACCUCGUGUUUAUCCAACGCUUAGUCACGACAACUUCCAGAACACAGAGAAUGGCCAGGAAGCCAGCUCCACCGUUGACGUCUCGGCGAGCCCCGUUCCCCUGCAGCGGACGAAGCCUGUGAGCUGUAUUCCACAGGUUCCAAGAGAACCUCCCCCGAGACUGGCGCUGAUGCCCAGACCGUCAAACCGUCAGGAAAGACACGAGGACUCCGAGGCCGGGAAGGUAGACGACACCAGGCAAAGGCCAGAUUCCUCUUCAGCGGCAAAUGGGGAAUCGGGAGUCUAUGUGAGCCGAGUACCAUCCUUCCAGGGCAGAAGACCGCCUCCGAAGGGCACGUCAGGAGAUUCUGAUGGUCUGACCAGAACAAGGUCCACAGAGAAACCAUCCAUCUGUAGACCCCCAGUCAGGCCUCCGGAGCCCCCCUCCAGAUACCCUGUGCCACAAAAGCCUCAAAGUGUAGCCUGCAGUGAGGGCACGCCCACAUCCUACGUUGCCUCCAAAACAAAGUUUUUCGAGAAUGCCUCCAAGCAAGUGGGGAGUCCACCUGCCUCUCCGUCAACAUCAGCAGGGACAAGUGUAAAAAAAGAGAAUUUAAGUUAAGCAGAUUUGGACCACGUCAUGUGACCCCUUCAUGUGCCGCUCGGUGUGCGCUAAGCCGGGGAGAGUCGACACCAAUGAACUUGGUCGAUUUGGAUCUUCACUCUCAAUAGAACUGAAUUCAAACGACGAGAGUCAUGUCGUAAGGCAACACAGCAGCAAACUGAACUUUGAAUGCCCUUGUAUAGCAACUGGCUCAGUCUUUGAAAGUUUGGAAGUUUUUUUUAUUUUUUUAUUCCACACCACUCAACACCAUAACCAGAUAAUAUUACAAUAUUUAAUCAUUUUACAGUGUUACAUUUUUUAAUGACACAAUUUUUUAUUUGUGGGAACUAACUAUUGUAACUGGUUAUGACUCGUCUACAAUCUUAACACACUUGUUUUCAACCGUCUUAAAUUCUUGUCCCAAUAAUUAACUAAAACUGGCUUUCAGUUUAAUCAUUAUUAAUCUGAAAUUGUGACACAUAGGUCUGAAUAUUAACCAAUUGAAUUUGUGGCCAUGUAAAGCAAUUGAGUCAAAAAACUGCUAAAGAUUGUAUUUCAGUAUUUAAACAAGCGAGCAUGUUCAAAAUUAAAUAGGGGACAUUUUUAAUGUCAAGGAAGGGAACUGGAUAAAGUUGAUGAGUGAGUGAGUGGAUAAAUUCAUAUUAAGCUACUUCUGACAAUUGAGUAUUUAUGUCACUGAAACCUAUUUUAGUUGGUCCAUGAAAAAACCUUUUAAUAUUAAUUAUCUCAGUUGAGAUAUAUUAUAAAGUAACUUGUCACUCAAAAGUCACAUGUUAAAAGGCAUUACAAAAGUAUUUGCUAUAAAACGUCAGUCUGUUUUACAGUCAGUGUAGUUUGAAUUUACACUGAAUAUAAUAGUUAAUAGGGAAUUUGAAAGAACAGAUCCAUUAGUUCAGAUUCCCUCACCUCUGACCUCUUGUUGGCAGGUCAGGUAUGUACAAGAGAGUCAUUGUAGAUUUGUAAACUCAAAAAUUCGGAUAGUCAGAGUUACCCUAACUUGUUUACAAAUUAAUUUGUUGGGAUUUUAAAGCACGUCAAAACUGAUUGUUACAGUGUGUGAAGAUAACACUCCAUUUUUUAUUUUCAUUGUUCUUAAAAUGUUAAUGUUUGUUUUACACAGAACCCAACUUGAAAAUUCUUGUUGCUGUCUGGUUUUCAAAAACGAAUAAAUUUUCAAAACUA